AUGGCAGAAAUAACCAAUGAUACUUUGGUCAAUAUCGACGAACUAGCAGCUUCAAUGAGAGGGGAGUUAGAAAGCUUGCCUGUUCUGUCCUCAAAGUGUUGCAUCUACACAGUUCCUAAGCGACUGCAUCAUUUGAACGAAAAGGCUUACACUCCUCAACUGGUCUCAAUUGGGCCACUGCACCAUGGCAAACCAGAACUAAGACCGAUGGAAGAGCAUAAAAAGAGGUACCUUCAAGAUUUUCUUCAAAGGACAAAGUGGAGUCUGGUGGAUUAUCUUAAAGUCAUAGGGAAAAAUGAGAAAAAACUACGAGAUUGUUAUGCGGAAAUCAUAGGAUUUAGCAGUGAUGAGUUCAUAAAAAUGAUUCUAGUGGAUGCUGCCUUCAUCAUUGAAGUCUUGUUGAGGUAUCAUUCCAAACCAAUGCGAAAUGAAAAGGAAAAUGAUCGAGUAUAUAAUAAACCAUGGGCGAUACUAGAUAUAAGGAAAGAUAUGUGGUUACUUGAAAAUCAGCUUCCUUUCUUUAUUCUGGAGGAUCUUUUUGAUCCUGCAAGAAUAACCUUGCCGUCUGGCGAAAAUCAAACGCUUUCAAUCACCAAGCUUGCCUAUGAGUUCUCAAAAGAUUUGUGGGACUUGGAGGAAAUGGAGGAGAAAUCUCAGAAAAACAAAUCCCCUAAAGUGCAUCAUCUAGUUGACUUUUUGUGGAUUUGCCAUCAACCUCCUCAGUCGAAAUCCAAGAAGAAACUUAAAACUCUGGGCAUACCCAGUGCAACAGAGCUCCAUCAGGCUGGGGUCAAGUUCAAGCUGGGGGCAAGCAAAAACUUAUUUGACAUAAAAUUCAAGAAUGGGAUUUUGGAGAUACCCAGAUUGGAAAUAGUCGGUGCGACAGAGCUGUUAUUCAGAAAUCUGCUGGCAUUUGAGCAAUGCCAUUGUUCUAAGAACUACAUAAAUGACUAUGUCAUCAUUAUCAAUCACCUUGUCAACACGGCUAAGGAUGUGGAAUUACUUGUUAAAGAUGGAAUUGUUGAGAACUGGCUCUGGGAUGAUGAAGGGAUAUCAGCUCUUUUUCAUGGCCUUGUCAAAGAGACUUCUGUCAUCAUCGACGAUUUCUAUUUUUCUGGUCUGGUUGAAAAGCUGAAUGCAUAG